GCGGCCCGGCGGGGUUUGCGUGCUGCACCGCGGCAAGAUGGCGGACAGGGAGGAGGCGCUCAGGGAGUUCGUGGCCGUGACCGGCGCCGAGGAGGAGCGAGCGCGAUUCUUCCUCGAGUCAGCCGGCUGGGACCUCCAGAUUGCACUCGCCAGUUUCUAUGAGGACGGGGGUGAUGAGGACAUCCUGACCCUUCCCCAGCCCACACCCAGCUCCAUAUCCAGAGGCACUGGAGCCAGUGACCAUCGAGUAACCUCGUUCAGAGACCUUGUGCAUGCGCAGGAGGAGGAUGAUGAAGAGGAGGAGGGACAGCGGUUUUAUGCCGGCGGCUCAGAGAGAAGUGGCCAGCAGAUCGUGGGUCCUCCGAGGAAGAAGAGCCCCAAUGAGCUGGUGGAGGAUCUGUUCAAGGGAGCCAAGGAACACGGUGCAGUGGCGGUCGAUCGGACGGCCAAGAGCGGUGGUGAGACAAGCAAACCAAAGCCUUUUGCAGGGGGAGGGUAUCGCCUUGGGGCUACUCCAGAGGAGGAGUCGGCUUACGUGGCAGGAGAGAGGAGACCGAACUCUUCUCAGGAUGUGCAUGUUGUACUGAAGCUCUGGAAGAGUGGAUUUAGUCUGGAUAGUGGAGAGCUGAGGAGCUACCAGGAUCCGUCCAAUGCCCAGUUCCUCGAUGAUAUCCGCAGAGGGGAAGUCCCGGCUGAGCUGCGCAGGUUAGCACGGGGCGGACAGGUGAACCUGGACAUGGAAGAUCACCGUGAUGAGGAUUAUGUGAAACCUAAAAGUGUCUUCAGAGCUUUUACUGGAGAAGGACAAAAGCUGGGCAGCACCGCGCCCCAGGUGAUGGGCACCAGCUCGCCAGCCCAGCAGGCAGAGAACGAAGCCAAAGCCAGUUCUGCCAUUGUGAUCGAUGAGUCGGAGCCCGUCACCAACAUCCAGAUCCGGCUCGCUGACGGUGGGCGCCUGGUCCAGAAGUUCAACCACAGUCACAGGAUCCGUGACAUCCGGCUCUUCAUAGUAGAUGCUCGGCCAGCGAUGGCUGCCACCAGUUUCGUCCUCAUGACCACCUUCCCCAAUAAAGAGCUGACUGAUGAGAACCAGACCCUGAAGGAAGCCAACCUGCUCAACGCCGUCAUCGUUCAGCGGUUGACAUAAAGGACCCCGGCUCUGGCCACACAACCGCGGCGCACGGGGUCGUUUCCUCCCGCGCGUGCGCCGGCGCCGUGCCACACAGGCCCACAUCUGCUCAUAGCUCUGGGUUCUUAGGUCUUGGUUGGACUUUUUUUCUCUUUAGUUGCAUUUCCCAUGGGGUUUUUUUGUGAUGAUGAUGAUGAUCAGUGGACUUUAAAAUAAAUAAACGAAAUGAAUUCGUUUGGAAAGGAGCUGCAGCCUGUUGUGCCCCAGAUUCCCUCAGGAGAGUUCAGUUACCUUGUGGAUUGAGUUACUGCACUCAGAGAGGGGAGGAAGGCAAGGGGGAAGGGAACUCCAGGGAGCAGUUUCUGUCAGUGGACUGCUCACCACAAUUCUUUCUCUUCCCUCCAGGGACUGCUGCAAAGUAUUCCCUUUUUUUUCACACAUUAAAUAUAAACUUAUCUGAGAAUGGGUGAUCUGAUUGUCAGGUUAAUGGUUACACUCCUGUAAAAGCAUUGUGGGGGAAGUCUUUGUGAAAGAGCUCAGUGUGGGGAAAACUCCGACAUGUGUGAGGUGCAAGGUUUAACACUUCCCAUGCUUUUCUGGAGAGAAAUCCCUGACUUUCCUUCCCUCAGCAGAACUCUUGGGGCAUACAUUGCAGUCCCCACCUGCUCUGCCUUUGUUUUUCCCGACAGGCCAGACUGGCUGCAGGUUUAAAUUGCUGUAUUGCAUUUCUUUUAGAAAAACCCUGCUGCUGACUUCUUUCCAAGAAGGCGCAAAGCUGAAUCAGCUUGAAGUGACUGGAAGUAAAAGGCAAACAGAGUCUGUCUUACUGGAAAGCAAAUUUUGUCCUGAGAGGUGAAUUACUGAGAUGAUUGCAACAGCUUGGGUGGAAAAACUCAAGGCUGUGGUACCCUUUGAUGUAUUUCCUCUUCUGUGCUGAGGACUAACAUGGCUGAAUUCCCGGAAUUCUCCAGCGUUGGUCUGUUCUGUUUGUUUUGGGCUCAGGUCUCCAUCUCUUUCCCUCCUUUGAACAGAAUCCUGUGGGUGAAUUCCUUAUGCCCAGACACGAGGCACUGGCAGCGCUGGCAUAGUUGCCAUGGAAUAUUGUGCCACGGCACUUUGCACUGCCCCUCAGCUGCUUCUGGUUUUGUUCAGGGCUUCCAAGCAGAGCCCAGAGCUGUGCUGGGUCGUGGGUUGCAGCCACCGGCUCCCUGGGAGCGGGGUCCUUGGGAACACUCUCUCCCUAUCCUGCCUUGGACACACAUGAGCCCCGUGGCCACUGCACCGUCACUCCACCCCCCUCAGCGCUCGGAAACUUCCAGGUCCUGCCCUUGGUGCGAGCGGAGGGAGCUCAGGAGCAGGCUGGGGAGGGCCGGCAGGUUGGGCAGGUUCAGCAUGAGGAACUCACUUGGCUGCCUGUAGAACACAAACCAGUGGGAGCAGAGAGAAGCCCUCAGCAAGGGCAUUUUUACAGCAGUUUCUCAACUGAGAGCUGAAUUAACUCCCAUUUUUCUUUACUAAACGGACAUGGAGUGUGCGUAACAACCAAUUUGUAAAUUAUUGUGAAAAUUGCCAUUAAAAGCCCACAAACAGGAAAA